AUGUCUUUCUCUCUCUCUCUCUCUCUCUCUCUCUCUCCCUUCCUUUCUUUCGCUCGAUCUUUCUUUUGUUCUUUCUUUCUUUCUUUCUUUCUUUUUUUCUUUCUUCAUAUUUUUUCUUUCUUUCGUACUUAUUACAUUCGCUCUUUUUUCUUUUGGUCUUUCUUUCAAUUUGGCUCUUUCUUUUGCUAUUUGUUUGUUUAUUUUUGUAUUUCUUUCUUUCUUUCUUUCUUUUGCUCUGUCUUUCUUGUUUUCGCGCUUUCUUUGUUUCUUUUUUCUUUCUUUCUUUCUUUCGUUUCCUGUCUUUCUUUCGCUUUCUCUUUCUUUCUUUCGCUCUUUUUUUUUUCUUUUAUUCGACUAGUUCCUUCAUUUUUUGAUCUAUUGCACACGCCACUGAAUCCUGUUCUAUGCACCUGUCUCCUUGCCUCCAUACUGGCUAAAUGGAUUCUUUUUCGGAUAAACGUCUCUUUUGUGCAUUCAAAUGUUUUACAUUGGCUUGGCUUUCUCAAUCUUUGGAUAUUUGAACCAGAGAGGAGAAUUUUAACUCUUGCUCAGUGGAACAUUUUCUUGAACUGUGUGCACAUAAUUCGACGAAAAUAUCUAUCUAUCUAUCUAUCUAUCUAUCUAUCUAUCUAUCUAUCUAUCUAUCUAUCUAUCACAAAAAUGUUUACAUCUAUCUAUCUAUCUAUCUAUCUAUCUAUCUAUCUAUCUAUCUAUCUAUCUAUCUAUCACAAGCCUGUUCAUAUCUAUCUAUCUAUCUAUCUAUCUAUCUAUCUAUCUAUCACAAACAUGUUUACAUCUAUCUAUCUAUCUAUCUAUCUAUCUAUCUAUCUAUCUAUCUAUCUAUCAUAA